GAGACAAAUGGAUCAGUCAUUCAAAAACCAGUGGUCAAACGACCCUUCCUGAGAAGAGGAGAAGGCUUAACAAGAUUCACUAAUGCCAAAUCUAAAAUUACAAAAUUUGGAGAAAACACCCCAAAACUUCAACAAAGGGCUUCAGAUGACAGAAAUGUUAUUAAAGUGGACAGAUCACAAACACAGAAGAAAACUAUGCCUCCUGGCAAAGAACUGGUUUCUGAAAACCUUUUUGCAUCAUGUAAAAAAUCCAGCCACCCUGAUAAAGCAAAACAUUGUCCUAUUCGGAAGACCCUGAUACUCAGGAAUCACAAUGGAAAAAAUAUUCUGCCAUUAGAAACACGAAUGCAACCAGGAAAAAAUCACGAUGAACAAAUGAGAGAUUCUUCUCCAUCAGAAAUUAGCAACAAAAUAGAAGAUAAAGAGAACGUAGUAGAAUUUGCCAAGUCUAACACUGGCAAAACCGGAAACAAAUUACCCAGCACAGAAAAGCCUCAUUUGUCUCCUGAGCUGGCCAGUGCCUUUUCUAAUUCUAAAUGUCCUACAGGUCACCCUGUAAAAGAUCCAGAACUGUCUUUUGAAGUUUCAUUUCAGAAUAAGCUGGAAAACUGGGAAAAAGAAAAAGAAAAAGAGAACCUAGAAUUAGAUGAAUUUUUGUUUCUAGAACAAGCUGCGGAUGAAAUAUCUUUCUCAAGUAAUUCCUCAUUUGUGCAAAGGAUCUUAGAUCAAGAUCAGCAAACUUCAAAAGGCCGUAGAAUGUCUUCCACCCCUAUCAAGGCAAACCAGCAGCAAGUAGAGGCACUGGCUCUUCAUCUGAUAAAUAAGAGAAACAAAAAGGCAGACUGUGUGGCACAGGGAAAUAUAAAUGAUAGGGCAGCUAUGCAUACCGUCUCGAAUUCAGGAACAGCUUUUAGAAUGAAGGAUCCAUUGAAUAAAACGGACAGUGUAAUAUUUUCAGCUUCUUUGAUGACAGCAGCUCCUGCUUUAAAAAGUAAUCAAUGGAUUGUCAAUGAAGAUAAGGGUGAUGGCAAUGGGGAUACUACUACAGAUUCUGAGAGUGAUUUUGAGACCACGUUAAAGCAUGAAGAUGAAGAUGCUGAGACAUCCUUUCUGAGACAUAGACAAAGCGAUCCAGAAUUUUUUGAUUAUGGAGGUUCCAUUACAGACAACAGCAAAGAAAGUAAAAAUGGAGAUGCUGACCUUGGCUUGCCAGACAAAGAUUGCAGUGCACUUUCAAAGCAAAAGAUUAGAAAAGCUUCAGAUCAUCAGAGAAGCACGUCUUGUAUAAGUAGGAGUAAGUUUGAGUUUGAUGAUGAAAGAACAUGGAGUGAUCUUGAUGAAAAUUACAUUAACAGUGAUUUACCUGAAAAAUAUACUAAAAUAUCUUUACAGAAAGACUUUUCCAGUAAGAAUGAUACAACUGUCCUAGAUAAAACAGUAAAGAGAAGAGUUGCGUCAAAGAGGGGAGAGGAAAUGUCCAAGGAGUCUGCAGUGGACAGUGAUUCAAAUGGACCUCCUGUAUCAAACCUGAUGGUGAAACUGUUUCCUUCACUGAAACUGAAACAGAAGGCAGGCUGUCAUUCGGAGCGCGAAAUCACAUCAAACAUGGAACAGGAGCCGGGAGGUGAGAGAACAGGAACGGGUGGGAAAUCUUGGGGACGACACGUAUUACCAGUCUUUCCGUCUAACACUUAA